AUGUCGCGUGUCCAGCAGUACUGGCUUCCGGGAUACGGGCUAUCCCGACACAUUGUCCUAGGCCAUAUCCAGUACUUUCUUGGACCAAGUGCAACAGUUAGACCCUUUGCCUACCAGGCAUGUCUUGCCAUUGCUUUCCACUACGAGCUCUAUAUAGCCCAUUCUAACCAGAUACCAUUGCAGGGACGCGAAGGUUACCUCAUCAAUGGUGUCCCACUUACGCGGGAACAAAUUGAUGAUCUCGCGAUAAUGUCCCGAGAGUACGAGAAGCAAGAAGCUACCCGAAUGGCGCACAACACCAGCGGCGGCUCAACUUCUAGCUCUAGCAGCGACCACUCCUCAAUUCAAUCUGAGCCAUACAUCAAUGAAAUCAUCCCUAUUAAUCAAUCCGGAUCACGCAGGCAACUAGACUCACGGGGCGGUCGUUGA